AUGCCGGAGGAAAUCAGAUCCUUCGAGCUCAACACCGGGGCGAAGAUACCAUCUGUCGGUCUCGGAACAUGGCAGUCUGAUCCUGGUCUCGUCGGAAACGCCGUCGAAGCAGCUGUCAAGAUCGGCUAUCGGCACAUUGAUUGUGCUCAAAUCUAUGGAAACGAAAAGGAGAUUGGGUUCGUCCUGAAGAAACUGUUUGAUGAUGGAGUUGUUAAGCGUGAGGAAUUGUUCAUCACAUCGAAACUCUGGUGUACUUAUCAUGAUCCUCAAGAUGUGCCAGAUGCUCUCAACAGAACUCUACAGGAUCUGCAGCUUGAUUAUGUCGAUUUGUAUCUCAUCCACUGGCCUGUUAGCCUCAAGAAAGGUUCUACUGGUUUUAAGCCAGAGAACAUUUUGCCAACUGAUAUUCCUAGCACAUGGAAAGCAAUGGAGUCACUCUUUGAUAUGGGAAAGGCCCGAGCCAUUGGUGUAAGCAACUUCUCCUCGAAGAAACUCGCAGAUCUCUUGGAAGUAGCUCGCGUCCCUCCCGCUGUAAACCAGGUGGAGUGUCACCCUUCGUGGCAACAAACUGUGCUCAGGGAUUUCUGCAAAUCUAAAGGCGUUCACCUCUCCGGAUACUCUCCUUUGGGUUCUCCAGGGACAACUUGGCUCACGAGCGAUGUCCUGAAGAACCCGAUUCUAGGCGCGGUUGCUGAGAAGCUCGGCAAGACUCCUGCGCAAGUCGCAUUACGCUGGGGUCUCCAAAUGGGUCAAAGUGUUCUUCCGAAAAGCACACAGGAAGACAGGAUCAAACAGAAUUUCGACGUUUUCAAUUGGUCCAUACCCGAUGACAUGUUGUCCAAGUUCUCUGAGAUUGAACAGGCAAGUGAUUGCAUUCCAAAUAGAUCAAAAAGAUUUUUCUCUGUUUUUGCUGCUAGGCUCGGGUUAUCUAAAACUGAAAGAUGUGUGUUUCAAUGCUGCAGGGAAGGUUGGUGA